AUGACAGAGAAAAAACAAUUCAUCGCUACGGAGCCAAGCGAUAAGAUUAGAUUCACGGCGGAAUCGCAAGACGAACAGAAGACUGUUUUGAAGAUAACAAAUCAGAGUGAAAUGAAGCAAGCAUUCAAAGCGUGUAAUGUUUCUGAUUUCAUUCUUCUGAAGCUCUUUAUUUUCAGAGGGGGCCAAGGAAAACCUCCAGUUGAGAAACAACAAUUCGGAGUUUAUCAUAUUCCUGCACCUGAGAAUUGUACGUGUGAAGGAGCAUGGGCAGAGCAUUAUGGACCACCACAAGGAGAACAUAAAUUGAAAGUUGUAUUCAAUGAAUAA